AUGGCAGCAGCAUCCCUGUGUAGGCGCUGUAAGGCUGCUCCAAGGAGCAGAGGCAACGGCCUUGGCUGUGCCACGAGUCAGGCGGCAGGAAAGCAGGCUCGCUCUGGAGCCAGGAACAUCCUAGGUGACAGUAUGGUUGUGUACAGGUUUAGCGUGGCCACAGACAUGAAGUAUUUCAACCAGCCAAGCUGCUUUGGCUACCCCUUGAGCAUCUUCUUCAUCAUCAUCAAUGAGUUCUGCGAGCGGUUCUCCUACUAUGGCAUGCGAGCGGUGCUCGUUUUGUAUUUCAAAUAUUUCCUGCAAUGGGAUGACAACUUGUCUACAGCCAUCUACCACACGUUUGUCGCUCUGUGCUACUUGACACCGAUCCUUGGAGCGCUCGUUGCGGACUCUUGGCUGGGAAAGUUUAAGACCAUUGUCUCCCUGUCCAUUGUCUAUACCAUUGGGCAGGCAGUCAUGUCUGUGAGCUCCAUAAAUGACCUGACGGAUCACAACCGGGAUGGCUCUCCCGAUAAUGUAUCAGUGCACAUUGCUCUGUCCAUGACCGGCUUGAUCCUCAUUGCACUUGGUACUGGUGGGAUCAAACCUUGUGUGUCAGCGUUUGGUGGAGAUCAGUUUGAAGAUGAUCAGGAAAAACAAAGAACUAGAUUCUUCUCCAUCUUUUAUUUGUCCAUUAAUGCUGGAAGUCUCCUAUCUACUAUAAUCACCCCAAUUCUCAGAGCUCAAGAGUGUGGCAUUCAUAGCAAACAGCGAUGUUACCCGCUAGCUUUUGGAGUUCCUGCUGCCCUCAUGGCUGUCGCCUUGGUUGUGUUCAUAAUUGGAAGCAGAAUGUACAAGAAAGUUCAACCUCAAGGAAAUAUAAUGACUCAAGUUUCCAAAUGCAUUGGAUUUGCCAUCAAAAACAGGUUUCGGCAUCGCAGCAAGGAGUUCCCCAAGAGAGAGCACUGGCUAGACUGGGCGAGUGAGAAGUAUGACAAACGACUGAUUGCUCAGACUAAGAUGGUGUUGAAGGUGCUUUUCCUCUACAUCCCUCUCCCCAUGUUCUGGGCGCUUUUUGACCAGCAGGGGUCAAGAUGGACACUGCAAGCCACAACAAUGGAUGGGAAUUUUGGAGCAAUUCAGAUUCAGCCGGACCAAAUGCAGACUGUGAAUCCAAUCCUGAUUAUUUUAAUGGUCCCAGUUGUAGACGCUUUGGUUUAUCCUUUAAUCAAGAAAUGCAAGAUCAAUUUUACGCCUCUGAGGAAGAUCACUGUGGGCAUGUUCCUUGCAUCUUUGGCUUUUGUUGCUGCUGCCCUUGUGCAAGUGCAAAUAGAUAAAACGCUUCCAGUUUUCCCUGCAGCUGGGCAAUCCCAAAUCAAAGUAAUAAAUCUAGGUACUGAUAAUGCAACUGUUUGGUUUGAACCUCAAAUUCAGAGCGUGAACGUAACAUCUAUGGAGUCUACGGCCUACAUGACGUUUGAGACUUCUCAGUUGAAAUCAUUUAACAUAACCUCUGGAAAUAAAAUUAAAACUCAACUUAUCAAGUUGUCAGAGGGAAACCGUUAUACUCUUGGAGUUAAAAAUAAUGCGACAGACAUUGUUGCUGAAUUGCUGUUUGACAAUGUCACGUCAAAACCAGAAGAAGGAAAUAAUCUCAUCAGGUUCAUAAACAAUUUGCCCGACACUAUCAACAUCACUAUGGGUGACACCUCUUUUGGAACACUGGCAUCUCUUUCUGGCAGUAAUUACAACCUUUUUCCAGGAGGAAGACGAUAUGAGAUUACAGCUAUUAUAAAUUCAAUGCCUUGUUCAGUUACUUCAAAAACACUUGGAUUUGGCAGUGCCUAUACAAUUGUAAUUAACAAGUGUUCUGGAGAAGUUCUUGAUGUAACAUAUUCUGAAGAUAUCCCACCCAACACAGUCCAUAUGGCUUGGCAGAUCCCUCAGUAUUUUAUUCUUACGUGUGCAGAAGUAGUCUUCUCUGUCACUGGGCUGGAGUUUUCAUACUCACAGGCCCCAUCUAAUAUGAAGGCAGUGCUGCAGGCAGGAUGGCUGCUAACGGUGGCUGUUGGUAACAUAAUUGUCCUUAUCGUGGCUGGAGCAUCCAAACUCAGCGAGCAGUGGGCAGAGUACGUGCUGUUUGCUGCCUUGCUGUUGGCAGUUUGCAUCAUUUUUGCUGUCAUGGCUUAUUUUUAUACCUAUAUUGAUCCAAAUGAGGUUGAAGCCCAACUUGAUGAGGAAGAAAAACAAGUCAAAAAGGAUCAAGACGUCUAUGAAAAGCAAGCUGAAGCUGACUCUCAGAUGUAA